GCUAAUUGAAACGCUGAGCGCAACGCUUCUCAUUGUAACCAUCCCGCUCGCGAGGAAGGUGGUUGCCCACUGCCCGCUAUACUACGAUCCUUCAGCGCGUUCGCAUGAGAAGCGCCGAGUGACGAGCGCGUGCAGCAGCGAGAGGGGCAAGCAUAGCGCAAGGGAAGAAAGACGAGAAAGAGUAGGAAACUUCAAGAGAGAAGUAUGGCCGUGUCCGCGACUCCGCCGGUGCUUUCGCCGACCUCGACUCCCGGCGCGGGCAGCCUGUUCCGUCCUGACCCGCUGUACUCCAGUCCGGCCGAGUCCCCGCGCCUGACCAGCAGCAUGAUCAACUCCUUUAUCAGCGGCGGCGGCGGCGGAGGAGGAGGAGGUGGAGGAGGCAACAACGGCAGCGCUGGCGGCAGCAGCAACAACGAGUGCAAAAUGGUGGAGGUCCACGGGGUCAAAGUGGCCUCGUUUACCGUGGACGGCCAGGAACUGAUCUGCCUGCCGCAGGUUUUUGACCUCUUCCUCAAGCACCUGGUUGGCGGACUGCACACCGUGUACACCAAGCUGAAGCGGCUGGAUAUUUGCCCCGUGGUGUGCACGGUGGAGCAGGUCCGGAUCCUGCGCGGACUCGGCGCCAUCCAGCCUGGCGUGAACCGCUGCAAGCUCAUCAGCCGAAAAGACUUCGAGGCGCUCUACAACGACUGCACGAACGCCAGCUCUCGUCCCGGCCGCCCUCCGAAGCGCUCCUUGGGGGUGACCAUGCAGGACAGCUCUAGGCUCCUCCCUCACAGCGUCCACGGUCUCCUCUCCCCGAGCCUGCUCUCUCCUACAGGUUUAACGGCAGCAGCCAUGGCGGAGGCAAUGAAGCUGCAGAAGAUGAAGCUCAUGGCCAUGAACAACAUUCACGGAGCAGGCAGCCAGAAUGGCACUGAGUCUGAGAAUGAAGAGCUCAACUCCAACGCAGGUGGAAGUGAGUCGUCCUGGGAUAAGGAAAAACUGCAGUCUCCACCUUCCUCUGGAGCACAGCAUGGCCUGGCCCACGCUGGACUCUCUCAGCAUGGCCUGUCCGGCUCCCACCUCAGCUCACUGCAGCAGAGCCAUCUCCUGGCCAACCGUCUGGACCUACCCUUCAUGAUGAUGCCCCACCCCUUGCUGCCCGUCAGUCUGCCACCUGCCUCUGUCGCCAUGGCGAUGAACCAGAUGAACCACCUAAACACCAUAGCCAACAUGGCCGCUGCUGCACAGAUGCACAGCCCACUCUCUAGAGCAGGAGCGUCAGUCAUCAAGGUAGAGUGUGUGCAGGACAGUCCAUCUCCAGCUCCAUCUCUGGAAGAGGCUCCUCGCCCCGGCUCACAGCCCUCUUCUCACGUCAGCAGCAGUGUGUCCAGCUCCCCAAACCCCCAUCCACAGAGCCCGGAGCGUCUGGUGCUGAAUUCAACUGAUGGAGAGAUUGCAGACAGAGAGACUAGCAUUAAUAUGAAGAAGAUAAUCAAAGAGAAAGAUGAAGCUCAGCUAGCCUUGCCCAUGCUGAAACCGGGUUUUGAGAAGCUUCCUCUGAGCACUCAGACUCUUCCUCCGGGCUUCCCCGCUCCAUUUCUUUUCGCUGAUGGCCUUUCUUCUGUGGAGACAUUGCUCACCAAUAUCCAGGCGGCACAGGGCCUGCUGAAAGUGGCUGUGGAUAAUGCCCGUGUCCAGGAGAAACAGGUCCAGCAGGAGAGGAAAGAGCUGAAAAUGGAGCUGUAUAGAGAGAGGGAGAUGAGGGAGAGCCUGGAGAGACAGCUCACCUCUGAGCUACACAGCCGAGCUACCAUCCAGAAGCGUCUAAAGAAGGAGAAAAAGGCAAAGAGGAAACUGCAAGAGGCUCUAGAGUUUGAGGCGAAAAGAAGACAGCAGGUGGAGCAGGCCCUCAAACAGGCCACCUCUCCUGAAAGCCUCUGCAUGAGUCUCAAUGAAAAAGUGAUACCAGAAGUAGAGCCUGAGCAUAACGGCAAUCAGCAGGAGAACUCAGCCGUACAAGAGAACAGACCCUACUCCAAACCUCCCAUUAUGUACUGAGAUGGAUGUGCAGCUUUCCUUGAAUUUCCUCCCCACUUGUGGAUGGUUGCUUCACUCCACUAAUGGACUUUUUGCCUGUAUUUUGGGUAUUUUGGAGAUGGGCUGUGGAAUUUGUAUGAAGGCAAAGCAGUAAGGGUGGUCACCACAGAUCACCUGAAACUCGUGUACAGGACUCAAGUGUGUGCGUGUGUGUGCGUGCGUGUGUGUAUGUGUAUUGCGGUGCAGUGUGAUUGCGCUCCUUGCAGUGUGUAUCCAGAGUACCACUUGUUGGCAGCCACCCACCACAUCACAGUAACUUGUAAAAAAAAAAAAAAAAAAGAAAGAAAAGAAAAAGAAAAAAAUCUCUUUCCUUCUGUUUUUUCAAUUUCUUCUAUAUUCUACCCCUUUUUGAGACUAAUGAUGAAAUGUUUCGCUUUUUCUGGAUGAACGUACACCUUCCGGUCAAUCUUCCAUCUUCCAUGAAAGCACACUGCUGCACUCUCCCCUUUGCUUAAUGUUCUCUCUCUUAGGCAAUGCUACCAUUGUUAUUAUUUUUAUUAUUACUGCUUUAAGUUGACCCCCUGUGCAGCAGUGAUUCUGUACAGCACAAGUCUUGAUGAGGCUCUGGAACACAAAGGUCCACACAAUGCUUGAAAAGACUGAAGGCAUGAGUUGAAUGAACACAGAUAACAUAACUCCAAUCAAGAUCAGUAGGCCUCUCCUGGUUUUUCUGUUGCUUCAUCUUUAAGGGACACACUCCUUUUUAAAUUUAUUUUUUGUACUUUUUAGGAAGUGUAGAAAAGUCGUCUUUUCCUUCUCAAAGUGUUUAUUAUUCUACUGUUUAUUUUGUUGUUUCGAGCGUAUUUUAAUCAGCAUCGAUGAACGGAUAUUCGAGAAGUGAUGUUGAAAUGUAUUCUUUGUUCAUUUGACUUUGCCCCCUCUGACAAUGUUCUCUGUAUCGCUCCGUGAUGAGUUUAAAAAAGGUGUUAAGUUGUUGUUCAUAUAAAUACAGUAUUACUGUAAACCCCCCCCCCCACCUUCUGUUUUUACCUUUGUUUAUAAAGACUUGUAAAAAUGCUUUAGCAUUUGCUACUCUAAUGUCGUUAUAAAGUGGAUACAUUUUUAGUGAUGAAAGAAAAGAAACAGACGUACGACCUAAAGUACCUUUAUGCACAUCUGAUGCAAGCAUGCUUGUAGAUACAACACUGAAGACAAAAGACAAUUACUGUUUAAAAAUGGAAAGGCUGCCUCUUCUAAUCUAUUUUUGAAAGUUUCUGGGGAUUCCAUUAGCAUCAUAACCACAAUCUGGCAGCUAUCAUUGUUGGUGAACCUUGUUUUAAAAUGAUGAUGACCACAAAACACAGCCUUGCACAUAACAUGACAAAUAAAACAUCCCUAUGGACAUCAUCUUGGUUGAUUUUGGCUUUGUUUUGUUUGUUUCUUUGUUUGUUUGUUUGUUUUUGGAGUAAUAAAUUUGAACUUGGAAACUUG